CGGAAGAAAUCACAUUUGUGGUGUGACAGUGUUUCGAGUCCCAUUGUUGAAAUAUUGUAACACAAUUUUGUGCUGUAUAUAAAAUCAAAUUACUUUAAAGUAAUCCAGAUUGUUUAUCUUUAUCGAUGGAAGGUGGGAAUAAUGACGGAACUCCUUCUGUUAUUGAUCGGUAUUUUACCCGAUGGUAUAAAACAGAUUUGAAGAAUAAACCGUGUGAGGACCACUGCAUUCUGCAACAUUCCAAUAGAAUCUGUGUCGUCACACUUGCGGAAUCACAUCCCAUUUUACAACAUGGGAAAAAAAUCAAGAGCAUCAAUUACCAGAUCAGUGCCAACUGCAGCCGACUUCAGAACAAAGUGUCGGGGAAAUCAAAAAGGGGUGGACAGUUUCUCACGGAGCUUGCGCCUCUUUGUAGAAUAACAUGCACAGAUGGAGAAGAAUAUACUAUUUUUAGCUGUAUCAGAGGACGCCUGUUAGAAGUAAAUGAAGACAUCCUCACGAAUCCAAAUCUGUUAUUGGAAAAGCCAUCCACAGAAGGCUACAUUGCUGUGGUGCUGCCUAAAUUUGAAGAAAGUAAGAUUGUUACUCAAGGACUGCUGACCCCAACAGAGUACGAGGAGAUUGUCUCCAAGAGACAGAACACCACUCCAGAGCCGUGCUGACAAGAGGAGCUGCUGGAUUGUUAGCAGCUUUGUACAAAUAGCCGUGUGCUUAUGCAGCGUUUAAAGCCCGCUCUUGAAUGCAGAAGGGAUGUCAAGAAAAUACAGCUUUGGUUUUGAGAGUUUGAAGGUCCCAUUAGAUUUAAGGGGGAAAACAUGUAAAGAAAGCAGAGUUUUCUUUUGGUUUGUUUCACAGUUGAAAAAACAAGAGUGAAUGAUAUGGGAACUGCUUUUUGAAAGGAGGAAGACGUAAGUGCUUAGAUAUAUACUCGGAAAACAAAGCCAAUACCAUUCCAGAUUGAGGUGUUGUAAAUUAAGAUUUUUAUUUGAAAAAUAUAAUUUUACAGGUUAGAGAAUUGUAAAAAAAACUUGACUUUACAUGAAAAAUAAAUAUGGUACAAGUCUUCUACACUACAAAUGUGCUCAGUAGUUCAUUCAUGCUUUAUUUUCCUAACCCAUUUACAAAGUACCAGACUGGCAAGACAUUUAUGUUCAGGCAAUGACAUGUCAAUUAGGUAGAACAUUAACCCUUUGAUUAUGGAUGUGCAUUUUGACUCAGGGCCUUAGUUUUUAAAAGGUGAAAAUGUAUUAGCACAAGAGAAAUACACAGUAUUUAGACACUUUGUCACAAGGUUAUAACCAACCCCAUGGUUUUAAAGGAGAGGACAGCUCUUCAGAUGUCAUAGAAUUGGUAUUUUGAGAAUAGAGAAAAUCUAAAUCUAAAGAAAUGUAUGUAAAAUCAGAAUAUCAUUUUUCUGUAUACUUAAAAUAUACUGUUAUAUAUAUUCUAUGUAAGACAGUCCUAAAAUAUCAUGUUAUUCUGCAAUCAAAGGAUUAAUGGUCCAGAGCUUACUAUAAUCAACAUUUACUCCUAAACAGUAGAUUUUCACUACAUACAAGAUACAUGACAACUCCAAAUAUUUUUUUUUGCAAAUGACCAGUUUAGCAGCAUCUCUGAAUCUUCAGGACAUUUAUAUACAGUUACUCAGUCAGGUUGUAAUUAUGUAAGCAAAGGAAUUUGGUAUCGUUCUUUUCUUUGAAUGUGUGGUGUUCCAAGUGCCUUGAAUUGUAUAGAGUGCGGAAGAAAACAGAAGGGGAGAUGAGGUGACAGAAUUGUUUUUGUAAAAUUUACUGUGCUUGUUUGAGACACUUCAUUGCUUUGUAGGAACUCACACGUACAAGCCCAUCCAUGCAGUUCCAGUACUGCUAACAAAUUCUAAUGUUCUCUCCUUUAAUUGAUAGCUUUCUUUUAAAAAUACAUUUCUCACUUGAUGUAAUAUCUAUUACAACUAAUGGUCAAUAAAAUAAAAACUAGGGGGGUACUUUUUUAGUCAAUGUUCAAUGAACCAGGUAUUGAAAAAGUACCCACCUCCCUACUUCUCUA